AUGGCCGAUGACAAGGACGUCCCCCUCAAAUUCGCGCUCCUCGUCUUCCCCCAAUUCGAGCCUCUUGACGCCUUCGGUCCCACCGAAGCAAUCCACGGCCUGUCUCGAUGGCCCACCUUCCCCUACAGAGACCAGAUCGAAUUGACCAUCAUCGGCCCCUCCCUAGAUCCUGUGUCUACGGGGCCGAUUCUCGAAGACCCAAAGCCAUUCAAUUCUCGCAUCGCGCAAACAAUCGUGCCCACGCACACCUUCGACAACCCGCCAGAAGGGAUUGAUGUGCUGAUCGUGCCGGGAGGGUUUGGCGCUGGCCCGUAUACCUUCAGCGGUUUCAAGCCGAACGUGGAUCCGGAAAUCCAGUUCAUUAGGGAAUGGUAUCCGAAGAUCAAGCAUCUCUUGACCGUGUGCACGGGAGCCGGCAUCGCUGCCCGAGCUGGCGUUUUGGACGGGCAGCAGGCGACGACGAAUAAAGUGGCUUGGUCAACGCAGACGCCGCUAGGUCCGAAAACGCACUGGGUUGCGAAAGCCAGAUGGGUUGUGAGCGACGGCGGAAAGCUGUGGACUGCCUCUGGUGUUUCCGCUGGCAUGGAUGGCUUCCUGGCACUGGUUGACCAGAUCUAUGGCAAGGACGAGAGGGGUAUGUCGUACGCAGAUGCGGUCAGCGAUGGCAUGGAGUACUCCAGGAUCAAGGACAGCGGGGAUGAUCCAUUCGCGGUGAAGAACAGCGUGCAGGAUGUAUUUCCUCAAGCGUAG